CAUUCAUGGUUCCUAAGGUAGAUUCUCGUUGUUUUCUGUGUGUAGAGGCGGGACCAUUGGACAGGUACUCUCUAGGUGCACUUUCAUACUAGUUCGCAAUAAUAAAAUAAAACGGCUUCGCAAACUCCCCUCCAAUUACCAGCUCGAAAAAGCCAUUCGCAGUGGAAAAAUUUAUCGAACAAGGGAAAUCCGAUAAAUAAAGAAGAAAAUUAGUGUUGAAAAAAUAUAAUAUAUACAUACAAGAGUGCCAGGAAUAUGGUGACGCUGAUAUUUAUGGAGCAUUGUAAAAAGAUGAGACGAGUCGAUUAGCGAUAUUAUUUCGCCCAAACGUAUGUCCAAGAGGAUCGAGUUAUGUCGAACAAGACAGUAAAACCUACAUCUGUCAGAGACAGUUUUGUGUCGUUUGUUUGAUUCAGUAGCGAAGUAAACCGAGACAAGUCGAGUUUUUGCGUCAUUUUAUUGAUUCAAAGAGAGAUAGAUAAAGUAUUUGACAGAUAAAAACGUCUACAACCCGUCCUUGUGUGUAACCACCAAUUCUGAAAGAGAAAAACUCAAGUAUUAUCUCUGUUAGAAAAAAUGGGAGCAUUUUUAGACACUCCAAACACUGAAAAAUACAAUGAACACGGUUCAGGCAAUGACUUGCGUUACGGUGUGGCAAGUAUGCAGGGCUGGCGAAUGGAGAUGGAGGACGCACAUCGUGCUAUAACAGGUCUUAAGGGUGGCCUAGCAGACUGGAGCUAUUUUGCUGUAUUUGAUGGUCACGCUGGGGCAUUAGUAUCAGCCCACAGUGCUGAGCAUUUACUUGAAUCAAUAAUGGAAACAGAGGAAUUCAAAGCUGACGUGAUAAAGGGAAUUCACUCGGGCUUUUUGAGACUAGAUCAUGAAAUGCGCGAUUUGCCCCAGAUAAACAUUGAAAAAUCUGGCUCAACAGCUGUCUGUGCAUUUAUAUCACCUAAGCACAUUUACAUUGCCAAUUGUGGUGACUCUAGAGCUGUUCUCUGCAGCUCUGGUAGUCCAGUAUUUGCUACCAGAGAUCACAAGCCUGUAUUGCCUGCUGAAAAGGAGAGAAUUCAGGCUGCUGGAGGUAGUGUUAUGGUUCAGCGAGUCAAUGGAUCACUCGCUGUGUCCAGGGCACUCGGAGAUUAUGAGUAUAAGAAUGUCGAGGGACGCGGACCAUGUGAACAACUUGUUUCACCGGAACCGGAAAUAUUUGUCAGGGAUCGAAUCGCACAACACGAUGAGUUUCUCGUUCUUGCGUGCGAUGGCAUUUGGGAUGUUAUGACUAACGAGGAUCUCUGUGAUUUUAUAUACUCCAGACUACUGCUCACUGAUGAUUUAGAGGCUGUUACCAAUCAAGUUAUUGAUACUUGUCUUUAUAAGGGCAGCAGAGACAAUAUGAGCAUAGUACUAGUGACAUUUCCAGCAGCACCAAAGCCAAAUGCCGAGGCACAAAAGAAAGAAGCAGAAUUAGAGAUGGCCAUCGAGAGGCGAAUCAAAGAAAUUGUCGAGCAGCAAGAGGGAGAGGAUGGCUUUGAUUAUCUCCAGCUAGUACAGCUUCUUGUAGACCAAGAUCUGCCAAAUUUACCUCCAGGUGGUGGUCUUCCAGCAAAGCAACCUCUCAUUGAACAGGUUUUUCGUGAAGUAUGUCCCAGCAGAGCGAAGAGCAUAAUGAUGACGCAGAUUGUCAACCCCUUCGAAAUGGAAAAGCAGAGUUUAUUGUAUGAUGAAAUACGAGAAAAAUGUCAAAUUGCUGAUGAUUGAAGCGGUUUUGAUGGUGUACAAAUCGCUAUUUGAUUUUUCAUAGUUAUUUUCCUCUAGAAAUUUUGCGCUUUAUAAAUAUAUAUUUUCUUUCACUUUUGAUUAAUAGAUUGUCUCAUAGGAAGGGGUGGAGCAAAAUGAAACGAGAAGAAAUUAUUAAUAUGGAAUGGAAUACAGGCUUGUUUUUGUCUAAUGUGAAAUCAAAAAAUCAAUUCAAUAUUGUAGAAACAUUGUUUCCAAAAAAUAUUUGAGUUUUACAAUAAAUUUAUUAUAACAAGUGGUGGUGUUGAAAAAAAAACACAAGAAAUCUAUUUUACUCUGACGUAUGCCAUUUUGCCCCGCCCGCCCCUGCAUUUUCGUUAGAUUUAUUUUUCUCAGAGGGUAAAUAAAACUGAUGGAAAGGAAAAAUAAUGGAAUCGAGGUUUUAGACGUUAAAUGUAGAUUCGUUAUUUUUUUUCUCAUUGCUAAAACAUUAUUUCAUUGUAAACAUUAAAUUUAAUAUUUUUAAUGCGUCGCUAUUGAUGUGAAUUAAAAUAAUGAAAUAGUGGUAUCCCAUUGGAUACAAAUGAUAUGCAGAAUAUUUUGUGUACGUUAAAGAAAACCUAUUUACUUAUAAAAACGAAUGAAAUGGAAAAAAAAAUCACGAUUCACUGAUCGAUGAUGUUGUUGUACAUAAUGUGUAUAAUAAUUGAUUAAAGCAAGACUUUUUUUUUUGAAGUAUGAAACAUUUAUUUUUCCGGUGCCAAAAGGUUAUUUUGGGCCAGGGGGUGGAUAAAUUGGGGAUAUUUCUGUGCCAACGGUCAUUUUUUCUCUUUCGUUCCGACAAUAUCUAUUGUAUCGAGGCAAUUGCAUUGUUUUACAUGUUUAACAACUUGGCAUGUUUUUUUUUUUUAAAUCUAUUUCGAUCUUUUCGACUGCGCAUCAAUUAACAACGCUGGGUGAUAAUUGCGAUUUUGGCGGAAUGAAUGAUUGCUCGCCGUUCACCCUUGAACAUUUAUAUGUAAAUUAGUUAUACGAGUUUUUUUUUGAGCAAACGUGUGGUGGAGUUGCGAUUGCUCUGGAAGUAGUAGACUCUCAAAAUCGAGCGAUUAUCUGCAAUUAUUUGUAAUUUUUCUGAUUUAUCGUUGAAAGGAAAAAUCGAAGAAUUAAAGUGAUGACACGAAUUAUUUGAUUAUUUUUUCAUUCAAAUUGGCGGAAUGUUAAUUACUCUGAAAGGACUAUUAUUAAUAUGAUUAUCCAUCUUUUCCAGUUGAGUUGAAAUUUUACCAAAUUGGCAAAAAAUAACAGUGUUUUUUAACGUUGGGAAUUUAAUAAAUGAAAUGAAGCUGUACAAUAUGAAUGGUAAUUCCUGGCAAUCGCAAGUCCGGCGAAGGAAAAAUAUCAAUUGCUCUCUAAAAAAAAAACAGCUCCACUGCUGGAACAAUUAAUUAAGAAAAUUUACUGUCCAAGUUGACAAGAAAAAAAUGUCUCAUAUGCUUACAGACUUCGGAAGCGAGUUAGUCUAUGAAUUUUUAUACGUGUUGCUGACAACAAAACAAAAGAAAACAAUGUAUUAAUCGUAAUAAUUAAAAGAGGAAAUAAAGAAAUCACAGAGAGUCACAUCAGCCACAACACAACGGAGUACUUCUUCACAGUGUAAUGAAAAGGAUAAUGAGUUAUUGAUAAUAAUGAAUGAACAAUGAUUGUACAAAGUAGAUCUAAGUGUUAAACGUGGAUAAACUUAUAAACCAAAAUAAAUGAGAAAUUAAACAAAAUGGAUGAUAAUUGAUAUUCGCGAUGCUUGUGUAUUCAAUAUAUAAUGAGAUUAUGUAUUUUAUUGGA